AUGAACAAAAGUGUUUUGUCAUUUCAGAUCCUUUCGGAUUCUGCGAGAAGAGCUCACUACGACUGCUACCUGUUGUCUCAGAGAAAGAUAGUGCAGAGACAAGGUUCAAGGUUGCAAAUGUAUAACUCGCAUGCUAGUGAUGUUAGAGAGAUGGAAGUUGUGGAAUGGUUGCGGUGGUAUAGGUCAGCCAUAAACGAUAUAGUGGCAGAGAGAAGGGUUGCUGUUGGGACGGGUUAUUUUGAUGUUCUCGAAGCCGAUUUUUAUUCGGCCAUCCAUUCUGCUUUUUACGGUCCUGAAAUCGAGUCUAUGGACCUUCUUCCAGACCGUUUUGAAGCGGAGGAAAGAUCUGUUUAUGAAACUCCAGAGGUGUUGCACUUGGUUUCUGGAAGGGAUGUUUUUGGAAUGGUCUCCAUUGUCAAUGAUAUUCUUGAAUUAUCUCCUUCUGCUGCUAUGAAAUUAAGUCCUACAUUUAGCAGUUUGGAGAUGCAUCAAUCUCCAGAGAAUGUGAGAGCCAAUGAAUAUGGCCAUGCAAGCUCUAGGCAUCAUGUGGGACGCACUGGGAGAUAUUCGCCAGAUGCUUAUAAAGAUCUAGAAUUACAUAUAUGUGGAUCUGUGGUUGCUGUGGCGAGUAGAACUCCUCCUAAAUGCCAAAGCCAUGGAGUGCAAAAUGAAGAUCUGCAAGAUGAAAUACGUGUUUUCCUAUGUUCCAACGGUAAUUCCACUACUGUUGGGAAUGUAUCGUCCGAAAAAUCAUUUUUAGGAGAUCGGAUUCCACUGGGAAGUAUAAUUGGAUUGGGGACCAGUGCUGAUGAAGGAUCAUGCUCUGUGUAUGACAGCUGCGGCAAAAAUACCCACACUAUUAUGAAACACAGGACAUUCAUGGUAGUGAAGCAUAUGCACUGGUAUGCUCUGGGAGAUAAGGUUUCUGUUUGUGAGUGUAGAUGCAGUAGAGCUCGGUUACCACCAAGCAAAUUUUGGCUGUUUGAGCCUCGUUGUGGCAUGCACGAUAUUGGAGGUUGGUACAUUGAAACAUUUGGUCGGGACAGGAAAGGUCACACAGUGACAUCACAAAGAUAUUGGGAUGGUUGUAAUGGAAGCGAGCUAUAUGACAAAAGACUCCACCCAGCAAUGUAUUUGCUUGCUCUUGCUUAUAGAACUCUAGACAUUGAAGAAGGAAGAAGGAGAAAAAGACAAGUUACAGAUAUUGUUGGAAAUAAAUUAUUGAGGAUUCUCCAUUGGUGCAAAAGAUUUGCAUAGACCUUACCUUCAACAUGUAAUAUCCUCUUUAUGCUUCCUCACUUCUGAUGUUUAAGGAUGAGGAGAUUGGGUGGACUGGCUGAGGGUGCCGUCGGUAGUCAUUUGAUUAUCUGGCUCUAAAUCUUUGAGUUUUAACAUACUUGAAGAACCUGCAGUAUACUCAUCUGCAGUGGAGAGGAAAUGUUGAGUCCAUAAGGGUUUGAUAGAUGGAUAUUAUUGAAAGCCACUCAAUUGGCAUUCGGUUAUGGAGACUGUUGAUAAUUCUGGCAAAAGCUGUUCUUCCUGCCUGGUUUGCUCGCCCUGAAUUGAGUACGCUGGUCUUUCAUCCGCAGCUUUGGCAGCAGCUGCUGCUAAAUCAUGGUCAGUCUUAACUUCUCCAGGUGGUCUGGAAGAAAUCUCCUACAGGUGCAGCAAAUAUGAACAGUGACACUCCUGCAACCACUCAAUCAGCAGCCUGGCUGGCUGCAACAACAGAGAGAGUCCGCUUGUUUUGUUCUGCAUUGCAUGCAGACAAUCUUUUCUUUCUUAUGGAAUCUCACUCAGCCUUGGAGGUUCAUUGUUUCUAAUGGGGUGGCCAGCGAAGCAGAGGCGAUCUGGUGGCGCGUGGCUGGAGAUGGGCGACACACGUGGGUAAGUGUGUCUGGUUGUGGGCCUUGCACGAGUCUUUCUGCGUGCACCGCGUGUCCGCGCCGGUUCAAUCAGUGGAGAAAUUGUCCGGUUAAUGAGUGUAGAACUAGAACCUGUCCUAAUCUUAUCCGCGGAUCAAUCUUUUCACUUGCUUGUUUAAAAGAUUGGAGGAAGAGUGGCUGAUUCUUGAUUGAGAAGUUGUGAAUUUUUUUCUUUUUCGGUGAAAGAUAUUAUGGAUGAGUUUUACGGUAUACUUUGAAUCUGUUUGUAUAGAAUUUGUUACACUGUUGGUAAUUGUUGUUUAUAUGUUAAACAAAAAUGGUAAACAUUAAAUUAGUGAUUGUAAAAAAUUUGUAAAUGUUUU